CAGUGAGGGCAAGAUGGAGGCGACAGGUGUGGACGCAUUUUGGACACAGGGUCACGUCGGGUCACCGUGGUCUCCCGUGAGUGGCGGCGGCGGCGGUGCUGGUGGUGGAGCAGUUCCCUCUUCCUCCUCCGCACGCUACUUCGAACCCCCGCCCUACCUGGAUUUUGAUGCCCUACAGGUGGCCCUGACGCGCCUGGACCACUCGCCGCAGAAGGGCAAGGGUUGUGUUGGCCGCAGCGGCGCGCUCAGCCACCGCCGCCCUCCCUCCCGGGGCUCCCGCCGCUCCUCCGCCGACAGCCUCCACCUGCUGCAGGACCAGCACGGCCUCGACGAGAACGAAGACGACGCCCCGGCCCCGCCGCCCACGCGGGUGGUGAAUAUCGAGGUGAAGCUUGAGGCGCCGCCCACAUCCCAGCCUGCCCGCCCCGCCGCACCGGAGGGGGGCGAGCACGGGCGUGACGCCCCUUGGGCACCCCCGCCUCAACACGACGCCCGCCAGGAGCUGCGGCGCCGCCUGCUGCAGGGCCGCGCCCGCAGGACGCCCACCGGCGGCUCCAACCCUCUGCUGACCAGCGUCACGUCCGAGGCGGAGGAGGCCUUCCGGAGGAUCAAGGAGGAGGUGGCGCGCCUGGCCGCCAAGCGGAGAUCGUCCAGCGACCUGCUCGACUCCCGCGCCGGCAGUGACUUGCUGUGGAGUGGCGACGACUCCGUGGGUGAUUCGGCCAGCGUGGCACUUGGCCGCGGCGGAGAGGAGCAGCGCUCGUCCUCCGAGGCCGACGUGGUGAUAAGCGACCGGGAAAGCGUGGCCAGCUCCGGGCAGGUCAGCCGCCGCACCGUCAUCACCAUCAGCUCCAAGAAGAGCAAGUCCGCCAGCAGCCUCGCCAGCUCCCAGGACUCGGCGCCGCUUUGGCUGCGGGACCAGCAGACGCGCCGCUCCCUGCGCGGGGACCGCCAGCCGCUGGAGGCGGGCAUUAGCGUCUCCAUCGUCAGCCGCGACGCCACCUCGCGCAUGUACGUGCGCCAGAGUGACGCCGAGGACAGACCAUCGCGCGCUAGCGCCUUCAACGUGCGCCAGACUAUCGAGAAGCGUCAGAUCCAGCAGGAGCGGCGGGAGCGUCGCGCCCUCAGGGAGAGGAUCAGAGAGCAGCUGCGCAGCUUAUCCGAGGGCCGCCAGCGCCGGGACUCCUCCGGCUCCCGCGGCUCGUCGGGGCAGCUGAGCGAGUCUUCAGCGCGGUCCAAGUCUAUGAGCUCGCUGGACCAGGACCAGGAAGAGGAACGCAGCGAGUCCCCGCUGGUCAAGGUCCAGUCCAGCCCCACGCUCGAGCGUGAGAAGGAGGCGGUGCUCACCUACCUGUACGGCGCCUCGAACUUGGCCGAGGACCUCCGGCCCCCGCGCCCCACACCGCCCCCCAGGACCUGCUCCGAGCGGCGCGAGGCCCCCGAGGGGGAGUGCAGCGACCCCUGGAAGUGGUCCCGCUCCUGGGACCCGCUUAGGACCGGCCGCGAGGAGCCUCCGCCGCGGGACUCCGCCGCCAAGAGUGCCGAGUGUGUCGCUGGUGUUGGACUCGGCGGCCGCGGGGCAGACCGACCCAGCGGGGCCCGGGAACACUCCCCGCCCCGCCCCGCCUGGCGCCGCCACCUCCCGGAGACAUCCUGUGAAUCGUCCAGCCCCUGUGACCCCACCGGACCGCCGGUGGACCUCACAGAGAGACGCGAGCCUCCCCAGGGCAGGGAAGACCCACCCCCGGGGCCACAGCCAGUGCCUCCCCCGCGGAGGAACAAGCUGAGCCUGUCCACGGGACACAUCAAGCUGGAGGAGGAGGAGCAGCCCCACUGGGUGCGGCUGGCCAAGGAGCGGCGCAGCCUGCGGGCGGCCCGCCAGGUGGAGCAGCUGUCAGACCGCGCCUCCACGGCCAGCCGCGAGCCGGAGUGGGUGGGCCGCGCGCGCCGCAAGCUGGAGUCCCUCAACGUGACGCUUACCGCCACCACGGACGUCAGCUGCGGCAGCUCCUGCGUCACCGAGUCGUCGUCGGCGUGGAGUCGCGGCGGCCUGGACGCCCUCGACGACUUGCGCGAGGAGACGACGCGCAUCGGGCAGGAACUGGCGGAGGAGGCGGCGACGCGCGUGGAGGCGGAGCUGGCGGUGGCGCGAGACUCCUCCAGAAUGCUGGAGGCGCCCGCCGAGCCCGCCGGGGACACCGCCUCGCCGGAGAGGCCUCGAGUGUCCUUCGACGCCGCGGCCACCGAGGCCUCGGACGGAGACUCCAGCAACCGCAGACUGCGGCCGCGACGUGCCCCGAGGGAGGAGGUGCGCUUCGGGGACCUGAAACACGACUGGGGCGGCGCGCAGAGCCGAGCCGCCAAGACGGUGAACGGCAAGCCGAAGGAGAUGCGCUUCGGCGAGGUGCAGGUGAAAGAGGCGGCGGCGGAGGACGUGGCGGCCCCGGAGCCCCCGCAGCGCUCCCAGGCCCCGCGCCAACAGCUCGCCGGCGGCACCGGCGACGGGGACAGCAAGCGGCCGGUGAUGCGUUUCGGCGACACGCCGCUCAACCCUGUUCGGCAGCCGCGCGGCCUGGCCCAGAGCUCCGCCAAGGUCGAGUCGGGGGCGGGGCCGGACCCAACGCAGAUGACAGCCGCGCAGCUCAACCAGAAUGUGGAGGAGUACGACUUCCCGGUGCCGACGGGCCGCGAGGACGCCUCGGAGCUGCUGCACUUCCUGGAGGAGAGUCUGCGGCAGGCCGAGGCCGUGCCCGAGGUGGUGUCUGCUGCGGACGAGCGGCCGCGGCCCAAGAGCAUCCUGAAGCGGCGGUCCGUGGAGAGCGUCGUGCAGGAGCUGCGGCGCGAGGCGGCGGGCGAGGCGCGCCACAAGGUACAGCACCACCACCACCACUCCCACCACCUCCACACCUCCUCCCUAGACUGGGACUGUGUAGGUAAGGGAGGCGCCGCCCACGCCCCGACCACCACCAUCACCACCACUGCGGCCACCUCCCCCAACGCCACCGCCACCACAACCCACACCCCUCCACCCAACACAACACCCACCCCCUCCCACACCCCCACAGCAACCCCCGCCGCCUCCGCCACUAACGGCAGCUUCUUUAACAUCAAGCUGCGCCAUGUGUCGCCUCACGCCAGGGAGCAGCAGCCCGCCACCACCACAACCCCCUCCCCCCUUACCCCCCCGCCCACUAACCACGACCCGCGACCCCGACAGGGCGCGCCGCUCCCCCUCAGGCAGCAGGAGGUGCGGAGGGGCGCGGGGCUGCUGGAGGCGAGGGAGAGGAAGGCUGCGGAGGACGACCACGACCAGGAGGCCAACGAGGACGACGAGGAGCGGGAACGACACGGCGCCAGGGAGCUGCUGCCGCCUCCAGCCUGGCGGCCCACUAACCCGGCGGCGGCGCGGCGCGGCGCGGCCCGGCGGGGCGUGGCCGGAGGCGGGACUGUCAGCGGCGCGGCGCGGCGCGGGUGUGGCCGCGGGAGCCGUGUCAUCAUGUUGGCCUUGUUUGCAGGGGCGGCCACUCACCACCCCCCCGCCGGGCCCAGGGGGCAGGACAGCGGCCCCCAGGACACCCCACCGCCCAGGCCAUCAGUCCCCUCGUGCCCGCGCCCCGCCGCCAGCCCCCCUGGCCUGCCGCCGUCACCCCCAUGUCGCCACGACGACGUGGCCCCCGAGAGUGACUCUGUCGAGGUGACCGACGCCUCGGCCCGCCCGCCCCCCAUCGCCUUCCCCCGGGAGCGGCCCCGCUGGGCAGGGGGGGGCGAGGGCAGGCUGCCCACACCCACACACCCCGGCACACACCCCACACACUCUGCCCACCCCGCUGCUCACCACCACCCUCACCUGCUGCUGCCAGCCCCACCCCCUGCAGCAUGUUCCUCCACAGCCGGUGAGCCCCGCAGCUCCGCCCUUGCCGCCCCGCCAGAGCACGACUCCGGCCCCGCCCCGGCCUCCAAAGCUAGGCUGCACAAGGAGUCUGUCCUGCCCGGCCACGACCCCGUCGCCUGCCCCGCCCCACAACGCGUUCCGGUCCUCGGCCUCAGCCCCGACCCCGAUCCCCGCAGUCCCGCCGAGGCCCGACCCCGAGGGCUGCCCGUAGACUCGGUGACCCGCCCGCCCCGCAAAAAAGAGGAGGAGGAGGACCUUAAGGGUACGGGGCGCGGCGACCCCCUUGCCACCUCCAUGACCCCCGGGGAAAGGCGACCCCGGGAGGCGCGCCUCAGCGGGGAAAGUAAGGCGCUUAGUCCCUCCAGGCCCUCCGCUGCCCCGCCGCCCCACGGUCCCGCCACGCCCACCAAGCAGUCCCGCGGCCGACCCCCGGGGGAGAGUCCCAUGCCGCGCCUGGUGCAUGUGGAGGUGGUGGACGAGGAGACAAGACGCGGCCCCCGCAGGCGCGAGGAGAGGCGGGGAGGCGGCGGCGGCCUGCUGGAGUGGGAGGCGCGGCAGCGGCAGCGGCUGGAGGAGGAGGAGCGGAACCGCUUGAACCUGGGACUGUCGCUGCGGCCCGUGUCCAGCCGCAUCAAGGAGCUGGUCAGGAUGCACGGCGCCUUCAUGUCCAGGUUCAGCCGCGACAAGAAGACGGACAUCAACGGCACCGUGGACGGCGCCGACGACAUCUUCUUCCAGAAGAUCCCGCAGGACCCCUCCACGCGGCCCCCGGCUCCCCCGGCCCCCACCCCACCAUCCCGCCGCAGACCCCAGCCUGGCCCCGAGCCGCCCGCCCCACGCGCCGCGACCACCCCAGGCGUCGCUCCCUGCCCGCAGGACAAGCCCGCCCGCGGAGGGCCAGCCCUGCCCAUGAAGGACCAGUCCCGCCCCGCGGAGAGUCAGUCCCGCUCCCAGCACACGCAGGGCCAGCCCCGCCCCGCGGAGGGCCAGCACAGGCCCUCGCAGGAGCAGUCCCGCCUCACACAGGUCAGCAACCCACAAGAGCAGCCCCAGCCCCCGCAGGACAAGCCCCGCCCUGCGCAGGAGGAGCAGAGAGAACCGACGGGUGGCCCCGCCCCACGGGGUGCUCACCGAGAGCAACCGGCAGCCCUCCCCCGGCGGGGAGGCGCGGGACUCCCUGCGGCGCCGACUGCGCUCCUCAACCUCGCCGCGCGUCGCCGGCGGCCCGGUGCCUCCCCUGACAAGAAGGGCGGCGUCCACGGCGUGGGGGAGGCCGCUCUCAGGGCCUCUGAAAUCCUGGCGGAGCUGCGCCGCGCCGCCCACGCCUCGUCGGCCACGCCAAGCUCACCCAACACGCCUGGGGCCGCCAACACGCCCUCCGCCGCCCCACCCCGCCUUGACGUAAAGGACGGGGCGGGGGAGCCCGGCAGUCCCGAGACGGGGGACGUGGCGGGGCGGGGCAGCAUCAAGGACCCCGAAGCCCGCCGGGACUCCCUGCCGCCUCCUCCAGACGCCCCAAGCCUCACCUCCCGCAGCACGCUCUGCUUAACGCCGACCUGCCCCGCUGCCGCCCCCGCCACCCCCGUCGCCCCGAGUCGAAGAGCCUCAGGCGUCCUCAACAGCCCCUCCAGAGCAACCCCCGCCAGCCCCCUCCAGACGACGCCUCAUCGCUCCCCAGGGGAGGGCGUGAGCCCUGUGGCCCCCGCAAGGAGAUCUGCCUUGGCCUCGCUCAAGACCCACGACUCCCUCGCCCCCUCCUCCCCCCCUCGAACACUCUCAUCCAGCCUCACCGUUACCCUCGGCCCCCCCACGUCCCCUCCUCAGCCCCCUACACCGCCGCCCCCCGAGGACCCGAUCACCCCGGCCUCACCUCCCGUGCCCAAGACUGCGCCCACCACCUCCACCCCCGCCCCCGCCUCCGACGUGGACAGCCCCGUGAAGGGCCCUGUUAGUGGGCCGGACGCCCUGCAGCAGGGCAGCAGGCGCGGCCCCGUCAGCCUGGCGUCCAUCCUCAGCGACUCGUCGCGGUCGUCGUCGCGAUGCUCGUCGCCCCUCGCCUCGCCGCGCGCCUCGCCGGAGCGCCUCCUCAAGCGGGACGCCGCGGACGUGGCCGCCAGGCUGGGCGUCAUCCCGGAGGGCGCCCUGCGCGGGGAGCGCCGUGGCCGGGGCCUGGGCGAAGACCAGAAGGAGAACAUCGCGCCGCUCUCCAAGCUGAGCGGCGGCGAAGACGCGGCCCCCAGCGUGGCGGCACCCUUCAGGUCCUCCUUCAGACUGCGGGAACGCAGCGAGGAGCGGCGGAAGGGGGGCAGGAAGUGGGGAGAGGAGGACGGCCCCGCGCUGAGCCGCCGCACCGCCCUAGCUGCCCCGACCGUCACGCUGCGGGCAAUGGCGGCCACGCCCCUCAGGCCACACGCCGACGCCACUUGGCCGCCGGCCCGCGCCGAGGCCUCCGCCAAAGGUGUGUCCGCGGAGGAAGCCACAGGUAUGUCCAGGAACUCUCGGGCGAGGGCUUCCCUGCGCCCCGAGUGCCUCAGGACAGACUCCGGAAGCAGGAGGCCAUCGACGUCCCCGGAGUCAGGCGACGGCCCCGACAAGGACCCUCCGCGGGGCGGCGCCCCCGUGUCCCUCAGCGACAUCUUGUCCCGGCGGGAGGGUGGCGGCAGCCCCGAGUCACCCGCCUAUAAAUUUUCACCCAAACUCUCGUUCUCGGAGGAAUUGACGCACCUGAAUCACAGGUACCGACGCGACGCGGCGGCGCCCACCAGCCCCACGGAAGCCGCCGCCCCGCCAAGCCCCGCCCCGCCGAGCCCUGCCCCGCCGCCCGCUCCCGCGGAGGCUGAGUCGGCUGCCGCCGCCCCCAGGCCGAAGCAGCGCCUCAAGCAACAGUUGUCCACGGCCGGGGCCGCCGUGGGGCAGAGGCGCCCUAAGGAGGGCUCCUCCGCCCCCCGGGGCGCUCCGCGUCCCACCACGCCCUCUUCCAGGAACAAGGUGGUCCGCCGUAACUCUAGUCUGAAAAGGAACCGCCCUGAGGAUGCCCGAACGUCUCUCAAGGCCAAGAAGGAGCGAAGGAACUCCGAGGAGGACUCUGCCCACGAGACGGUGGUGGAGGCCGGCGGCGGCGCCACGCACACCCGCACCACCGUGAAGCGCUCCCGCCUGCCCGCCCCGGACAAGGCCCGCCCCGUGAGUCGCUCCGGCAGUGGUCGGUGUCGGCGGGAGCCAAGCUUUCGCAGCACCGCCUCGCGAGCCCUCGAAGACUGGGCGGCGUCCACCUCUGUGCCGGGGAAGCUCGUCAAGAAGGAGGGGCAAAGGUUCAGCCACGAGACGGAGGAGGUGGAGCGCGGCGGCAAGCGGGUGGCGCGGAGCGUGGCGCGGCGCGUGGUGCGGCGAGGCUCCAGGACGCUCUCUGGCGGCGGCGAGCUGCUGACGGAGACCAAGGAGACGUCAUCUUCAGGGCUAACUAAAGACGGUAAGCAAGUAAAGGAAAACGGGAAGAAGCAGGACACCAGCAGCAGGGACAACGCGAGGACAAACGAGAAGGAAACAGAAGCGCUGACAGGAACCAGGAGAGAAAAAGGAGAGGACGCCGCCGCUGUGGUCCUCGCCAACGGAGAGGAUCAUGAUGAGGACGAGGCGGGUGUGUCGAGGAAGAUGCGGACCUCGACGGACGGGGAGCGAUACAUGACGCACUCGGUGACGGACAAGCACGGCGCCAAGACCUUCACGACGGAGGGGGUGAACAACAAGACGACCAGCUCCGUGGAGGUGAUUGGAGCCAAGGACUUCGACGCUCGACGCGCAGUCAAGGGCACCACCGGAGAGCGCGUGGUGGUGGAGCGGACCAAGGACCCCCUGGGAAGACCCUCCACCGUGGUCAAGAAGGUCACCUCGCAGUCCAGACUCGUCAUAACCAAGACGAAGAGGAAGACUCCCGUGGUGGUUUAGGAAGACUUCAGGGGAGGAAGGAAGACCGGAAGACACCGUGGUGGUUUAGGAAGACUUCAGGGGAGGAAGGAAGACUGGAAGACACCCAAAGAAGAAGAAGCUCAAAAAGAAAGAUUAUUUGCCCGUCCUGAAAGAAAUGCCUCGUACCCUCAGACACUCUCAGCUCCACAACAACUAUUUCCCAAGGCCACAAAGGAUAUCAGUUGGGUUCUCAUGACUGUUUCUUACAUCCAUGGUGCAGAAGCCUUGUCCAGCUAUCACUAGGCUCAUAAAACUACCCAUGGAAAUACCCACAACAACCUCGAUGAAAGCCUUGCCAAAUGUGGGUGUGUAAGCCUCGGAAUGUUUGAGGAUAUGGGCCAAAUUUGUACUGUAAGAUUUUUUGGAGGUUCCUGGAAGACUUUUGGGGCUCAUAAAACUACCC